UUUCAGUUUUGGUAAUGACCUGUCUUGUUUUUAUUAAAGCUUUCUGUAUUUUAACUUGAUUAUGCAUUAUAGGCCACUAUGGAUGAGACUAAGUGUUCUACUCUAAGGAAUCUUAACUAGUAUAUAUUUUCAUGGAUAUACACUCCAGACAUUUAUUUUUUUGCUGAUUGACAUGUCUUAGACACUUAGAUUUUCUCAUAUAUUAUAAAAAAAAAAUGGGUUCUUGAUUUUUGAACUGAGCAAAGACAGACCAGUUAAAAGGCUCCAGAUACUCUAUGACAGAUUAUUUCAAUUUGUGUCAGUCGUAUGGAAUUGUAUUUCAGCCAUGUGUUAAAAAGAUCAAUAAUAAAAGUAAUAGGCUUGAUAAAAACAUUUUACUAAUUGUAUCUUGGAUGUCGUUACAAAUCUUGAACUUAUCCGAGAUGAAUUUUUAUAUUUCAGUGGCAGAAACUAAGCCUAUGUAGUAAUAUUCUUAUUGUCUUACGCUAUGAGAAAAAGGAAAUGAGAAAAUUGAAAUAAACAUAGAAUACCUGACAUGGGCCACAAAGGCAAAGGGUCAGAUGAAUCCACACGUGAAUUCAUCCAGCUGCGAUACAAACUUCGCCACCUUUUUAAUGGCCGGAAACAUCAGUGCGAAAAGGCCUAUAGUCGUAUUGUUGAGGAACUUGGGCUAACAAAUAUCAUAACACCAACCCAGGCCAGGAAAAAAUGGUCCAAUCUACUUCAGAAAUAUAUGGACAUUAAGGGAGGCUACUCGACAGCCAAUGCAGACUGGCCAUACUUCCAAAUACUAGACCAAAUUGUUCCUCUUAUGAGGAAAGAGAAGAUCGAGAAAGUUCCUCCAGCAUCCGUUGACCACAGCGACAUUGAAGCAGCACAGGAGAGUCUGCAAAGCCCCUUAACCACCCCUGUUGUGGCUGCCAGAGAUCCUCUUGGCGUGACGACCGUGGAAUCAGUGAUGGUGUCAGCCCAGCCGUCCACACCUACAGGGGACCAGUGCAAGACGGAGGCGGCAGAUGGGGAGCCUCCGAGAAAGAGAGGGAGGAGUCGCCGUGCAGCCCAGCGAGCAAGGGACAGGUGGUGGGGGGCAGUGGAGGAAGAUGACCUGGGCUCUGACUCAACAAGCUCUGCAGUCAAGGGGGAAAUAUCCGGUCUCCGAAUGUCAAGCAAGUCGUCUAUGAGCGAGAGCCUGGACCCCACACAGAUGGAGGUCCAGACUUUCCAGAUGCUUGAGUCUUGUUCUAAUGCCCUCACAGAUAUCAGAGAGACAUUGAAGAUGCAUGCUGAACAACAGGAAAGCAUCAUGCAGAGCUUACAGCAGACAGUAGUCAGUCAGGGGAACACCAUUAAGGAACUGCUGUCGACUAUGACAAGCCAGAAUGCAACACUGAUUGCCCUCAUGACACAGCUGUCAACAGGCGCUGCACCUCAGCUAGGCAUAGCUAGCAGUAGCUUCAGCCAGCAGAAGCACCGAGAGACGCAGGCAUCCCACCCCCACCAGCAGAACCAGCUCCUCUCGUCGCAACAGAACAUCAUCAGCGCACUUUCCCACGAGACCCAGGACUGCGAGACGUCCCUAGUCGAGAAUUCGGAGCUGUCGGAUGAUAUGACAGGCUUGUAGGGGUGUGAGAUCACCUUGAGUAGGAGAGUUAUCGAUUUUCCUUGCCUAAUAUUUAGGUGUAUCCUGUGGGUUAUUACCCUAGUUUGUUGUUUGCAUCUUGAGAUUUGUUAUGGAAAUUCUUUGGUAUUGUGUGUGGGUGAAAGUGUGAACACUAAUCAGUUCACACACCAAAAUAGUGAGUAACAAUGUACAAAACUUGAUCUGAAAUAAAUGCUUUAUUUUGU